AAUGGAGUAAACAGGAAUCGAGUGGUUUCAUGGUGUUACAGAUUCAGGUUCAGGUUACUAUUCGGCACCACCGUACUCAAAAACAAAACCCUGGGCAAAACAAGAAACAGCUGAAGAAGUCGUCUGCCUAGGUCGUCGUAUUGCCUGUGACAGUUUCACGAAUUGCUUCCUAUACCGUCAAAUUUUUCCGUGUAGUUCCGUGAAUUCGAAACCACUAUGGAGACUGUAGACGAACGAGUUACCGAGGAAGUCGAAGCCUUAGAAGCCAUACUAAUGGAUGAUGUUUCUAUUAAAAGCGCGCCCAAUGGUAUUCCAUAUGCUGUGGAGGCUGUGGUGUUCCCAGCCACUGCUGACGAUACAGAUCAACAAUAUGUCCGUGUUACCUUGGAAGUGAAGUUAACACCAGGCUACCCUGACAACGCUCCUGAAGUGUUCUUAAGGAAUCCAAGAGGACUGGAUGAUGAUCAACUUAGGAUUAUUAUGGAACAAAUUGAGGAGAAAUGCAACAAUUGCUGUGGUGAUCCUGUGAUCUAUGAUUUAAUUGAGUUGGUGCGCGAGCAUCUCACCAGCAGUAAUUUACCUGCCUGUCCAUGCACCAUAUGUCUUUAUGGGUUUUCUGAAGGAGACCACUUUAUCAAAACAUCCUGCUACCACUAUUACCAUGCCCACUGCUUGGCUCAACAUGCUUCGAAAACAGAGAAAUUCUUUAAUGAAGAACAGGAAAAGCUUCCUCACUUUCAGCGAUCAAAAACUUUUGAGGUGCUGUGUCCAAUAUGCAGAGAACCUAUCAAAUGUGAUGUUGAGACCCUUUCUAAAGCCUCAUUGCCCCUUGCUGUGCAAAAUGCAUCCAUCAUGGAGCCAGAUGAAAAGCUACGUGAAAUGCAGGAUUAUAUGAGUGCUUUAUACAUUCAACAGAAAGAAAAGGGUGGCAUCAUUGAUCCUGAUGCUGCCGACAAUAAAGUGCUUCUUGUAAAUGAACCAUAUUAUGUAGUUAUAAAAAGUGUGUCUCAAAAUUUAGUAGGCUCUUCAACGAGUCAGUCAAAUUGCCUUGGUGAAAGUUGCACCAACUCUGAGAUGGCAACUCCAGAGGAGGAGCCUGAGACUCCUCGCUGGAGGCAGCGGCAGAUAGAGCAGCAAGAGAGGCAAAGGCAGCGCGCCUUGCAGCAGCGCGACGGUCACGGCCACGGCCACGGCCGUCCGCCGCAGCAACCGAGGCUCCCCAAGCCGCCGCCGCCGACCAAGCCGGAGGAAGACGGAGACGAGGACGGCGUGGACGGCAACGGCACCCAGCGUAGCAUCGGCCGCCAGCGGCGAGGCCGCGGACGGGGCGCGAGGCUCAACCACCGCAACAGAUGACAAGAAAGAAGUGUGGCCCCGCCCCCGACAGGGCCUAGGCCUUCUCAAUCCCAUGCACCUAUCGUACCACCCGAUUGUAGAAGUAGUUUUUUUAGAACUUGUUUGGAAUUAUUAUUUCCUAGUUUUCAGAGUGCUUUAGCCAGUAUAACAUCAUUAUCUAUAUCAACUUACUUUACCUUCUGAAUCUUCCCUGACUGUCUCUUGAUGCGAGAUUUUUUUAUGUGUUCAUGUUUUGUAUCCAUGACUGAUGAUGUGAUAUUUUUCUUCUUAUGGUUGUUUCUUCUGUGGAAGGGUGAGGACCCUUUGGGUUCAGGGGUCUGAUGAACUUACUCAGAUAAGUUCUCCGUCUGCACAAAAUCAUAAUUGGUCAUAUUCUGGAAACCGAUGCACAAGUGCCCCUAUGAGGUUGCUGUGGCAGACAAAGGUACUGAAUGUCAUUUUAUUUUGAGCCGUGGGAAAGUAAGCUAUGAGACUUUGUUAAUGAGACCAUUGAAAUCUAAGUUUAUGUCAGGGUAUAAAAAGGACUUGAAGGAAACUUUGCUACUUGCUAUUUCAAUCAAUUUUGGCUUAAAAAAUAUUUUGUAGUGAACGAUACUUAUCUUACCCUUGGAACAAAACAACAAACACAAAAAAUAUUAAUGUAGUAAUUUCUUUCUGUCAUUUUUAGCACUCUGGCUGUACUAAAAAAAAAAAACAAUUAGAAUAAUAUUUCAUAUCAAAAAGCCAUACAGCACUAGGUGCAUGCUUACCUUGUCUGCAACUUAGUGUGCUUUGUGUUUUCAAAGAACCAAAGGUUUUUCUUCAAUAUUUCAAAUUUUAAAUAUGCUUUGUACAAAAUAGAAUAAUUUAUUGUAAUUCCAUAUUGGUAUCCCAGAUUUCUAAAUGUUAUUGUAGUCUGUAUGUUUUUGUGCAUAUCAUGAUUUGCUUUACUAUGCAAGGUGUUGAUGUGAGAUUAGGAUGUGAGCAGAGAUUUUGGUAUAGUUACCAUACUGCCUAAUCAGGAAGCGUUCUCAUUUUUAUGUUCCAGUGGUAGUGUUUGAACUGUAAGAUAGGAUAUGAUUCUUUUCUCUGGUGACAUCAUUGCUGUCGGAUUUCCCAACUAAAAUUUCAUUCACAUGCUCAAUAUGCUCAUUCCGUAGAGUUUAAGGUUGUAGAAGUGAUACAGUGAGUUUAUGUGGUUGAUCUUAGUUCUAAGUGAUGUGAAACUUAACCAGCUAGUCAUGUGGUGUUUUUUUGUCUUUGUCAAAGAGAAAAAGGCGUAUUUUAUUUCUUAUUUUCUUUUAAAUUUCAGUCAUACCUUGGACUGGAUUGUUGGCAUUGUCAUUCUUUUUUGCCUUGCUUUUCUUUAUAGGCAAGUUUCUGUUAAGCUGAGCUAGAUUACACUUGAUUUUUCUUGUUUCUGAAUUCGUAUGAUUUUUUUAUUUAGGUAAAUCUCAGCAAAAAUUCUCAAAUCUAUAUGAACUAAGGCUAGAAAACUUUUCUUGAUAUUCCUUGAAUGCUUUUUGAUACAUUUACUCGUGGUUUUUAAUCAUUCAUGUGUGUAUAGUGUAUGUGUCUAGAAUGCAACUGUUUUGACACUGUUGAAAGUUCACAAGAUUCUUUAGGAGCUACUCAAGUUAAACGUAGUUUUAAUUAUUAGUAUGCAUCUGAAAAAUUUGAACGCCAUGUUAGUGACAUAGUACUAGGUUUGAAAACAAGAUGAAUGUAUUAGAACGUCAAAUGUAAAAUGUAAUCUACCCUGCUCAAAGUGGGGGGAAAAGAAAGGCAAAAAACAAAGAAAUUUUCCACCAGCUA